GGUGGAUGUAUGUAAUUGGAAGUUUUGAGUGGGCAUCCCAACAGAAGAAGUCUACUCAAAAAGUAACGCGAGUCUUCCUUCCCAAAAAAAAACCGACUUAAUUCCUGAAACCCUAAAAAGAGUGGUAGUGGCGAAUUUUCGAUCCAACUUCCUAACCCCAAACCCUAGAAAAAUCUCCCCAAUUUCGAUCCAACUUCCUAACCCCAAACCCUAGAAAAAUCUCCCCGAUUUCGAUCCUACUUCCCUAAGCUUUCUCUCUCUCUCUCCCCAUCAACUCUCUCUCUCUCUAGACUUUUCCUUGUGGAGUGAGCAGCGCCGUGAUCUGGUCCCGGUGUAUUUAUUCAACAUCAUCUACAAGCAGUGCUUGCUUAUUCUGAAAUUCUCAAUGGCUACUUCCUUGGAUAUGUCACUUGAUGAUAUAAUAAAGAGGAGUAACAGCGAGAGAGUUAGAGGACGGGGUAGAGCUCGCCGUGGUCGAGGGCCAAUAGGAGGGUCUUUUAACGGUGGAAGAAUGUCAGGAAUUCCUCCUCGUAGAGGUCCUCUUAGGGUGAAUGCUCGGCCAUCAUCUUACGCAAUUGCCAAGUCAUCCCGCAGAACCAAGAUUCCAUGGCAGCAUGAUCUGUUUGAAGAUAGCCUUCGAGCUGCAGGGUUGCCAGGUUUAGAAGCUGGCACAAAGUUGUAUAUUUCCAACCUGGACUAUGGUGUGACCAAUGAAGAUAUAAGGGAACUUUUCUCUGAGAUUGGAGACAUAAAAAGAUAUGCAGUUCAUUAUGAGAAAAAUGGACGCCCAAGUGGUUCAGCUGAAGUAGUUUAUACCAGAAGAAGUGAUGCAUUUGCUGCUGUUAAACGAUAUAAUAAUGUUCUUUUGGAUGGAAAACCUAUGAAGAUUGAAAUUAUAGGAAGUGAUUCAGACAUGCCUGUUUCUGCUCGUGUGAAUGUAAUUGGAGGGGUAAAUGGAAAGAGGAGAAGGACAGUUGUUAUGACGCCUGGAGUGGGUCAUGCCAGAGGCUCCACUGCAAUCAAUCGUAGUUCUAGUCGAAGGGGUCGUGGGGGUUUGAGCAAUGGCCGUGGGCGUGGCCGUGCUGGUAGUCGGGGUCGUGGGCGUGGCCGUGGGAGGAAGCAACCUGUUGAGAAAUCAGCUGUUGAACUCGACAAAGAACUGGACAAUUACCAUGCUGAAGCCAUGCACACUUGAUAAAAACUUUCAAGCUUUGGGAACUGAUAUAAACAAUAUUAGUUGAAGUUGGGAAUGUUUGGUUUAGAAAAUGUUAAGAUGGUCACUGCUGCACUGGUAUUUGGUUUCCUUCACAUUUUGUUGAUUUUGGUCCGAUGGAUGCUUUAAUAACUUGCAUAUUUGCUAGCGUACUGUUUCUUAUGCUCCUUGGUUAUGAAUUUUCAAUUGACAUUCAGCUGGUGGGCCGGAUGUAAGAAGAAAAA